AUGCUCGUAACUAGACUGCAUGGCGGAAUUCUUCGGGGUUCUAAGACCCAAUCGCUUUUCUCGAGAAACCUGACGUGUGCUAGAAGUGCUCUUCAGGCAGCAUCAAAGAAUGAUGCAAAAAAGCCUAAAACCGCGGACUUUAAUCCUCGUCACCUUGGCAUCGCAACAGACAUUUAUAUCCCACCUUCCUUUAAAAGUUUGCCAAACUUCUUUACCCAUCCGAUUGUCUUCAGCAACGCUCUGAUUAGACGGAUAUACACCUUCGGCUUAAAUACUGUCCAGGUUGCGCUCUUUAGAUAUCAAUCUGGCUUCAGACCUAACUUCCUAUUAUGGAAAAACAAUGCAAUUGAUUCAUACGUGCAAGCCAACAAGGCGUUCGCAGCUCGUAAAGUUUCCUCGAUCAAGCCGCGCGUAUCUCUGUGGGUUGAAGAAGCGCUCACAGCGAGAGCAAAACAGCUUCCUAAGGACUUCGAGCUAGAUUGGCAACUAGUGAAAUUCUAUGAAACGCCCAAGCUUGUUUCAGUGCAGGCGAUGAUGAUCCCAGGUCGACCUCUCGAACACAUUCAACUAAUCUAUAAAUUCAACACCAAGCAGCGACUCAUCAAACUGAACAAGCGCACAAAUGAGACCGAAAGUAUGAAUAGAGAUGUUUUGGACUAUGUCGCAUUUUUGUGUGAUGCUUCAACAGAUGACCUAAUUCUGAUGGGUUCGGUUUUCGAAAGCAAGCCUACCGAUAAGUUGCCAAAAAACUACGAAGAUAAUAUGCAAACGGCAAUUCAAAAAAUGAAAGAAAGCGGGGAUCUCUAUCGCAUUAAAGACAAAUAA